AUGGCAGCUCCCCGAAUCCUCCUCGCCGGCGAUGUCUUUGGCCGCCUCAACCAGCUCUUCAAGCGCGUCCAAUCGGUGAACAAGUCUGCUGGUCCCUUCGACGCACUCUUCUGCGUCGGCCAGUUCUUCCCCGACUCGCCGGAGAGGCUUGAGGAGUUCAUGAACUACGUCGAAGGCCGCUCUUCUGUCCCCCUUCCUACUUACUUCAUCGGCGACUAUGGUGUUGCCGCUCCUAAAGUCCUUUCCACUGCAUCCAAGAACUCUGCCAACUUAGGGUUCAAAAUGGACGGUCUCACCAUAUGCGAGAACCUUCACUGGCUUAGGGGCAGCGGCAAGUUCUCCUUCCAGGGUUUGUCCAUUGUUUACUUGUCUGGUAGAAGCUCAUCGGAGGGUCAACAAUUUGGUACAUACAGUCAAGAUGAUGUUGAUGCUUUGAGAGCAUUGGCUGAGGAAUCUGGAGUGGUUGAUCUUGGGGUCACAACUAGAGCAUCUUUGGCAGAUGUUCCUGCCGAAGCAUCAGAUUCAUCAGGGUGUGAUCCUGCUAUAUCAGAGUUGGUAGCCGAGAUCAAACCACGGUAUCAUAUUGCAGGUACUAAAGAUAUAUUUUAUGCCCGGGAACCUUAUUCCAACACCGAUUCUGUGCAUGUCACUCGUUUUUUGGGCCUUGCUUCAGUUGGAAAUCCUAAGAAACAGAAAUUCAUCCAUGCAAUUUCUCCUACUCCUGCAUGUACUAUGUCGGCCUCUGAAAUCAGCGUGAAGCCUUCAAAUGCUACCUUAUCACCAUAUACGUUUGAAGAGCAAACAGGUCGACUUAAAGAAGUCACCAAGCGGCCUGGUGAUAGCAUGUCUGAUUCACAGUAUUGGCGAUAUGAUGUUUCUAAAAAGAGGCAGAAAUCUGGAGAUGGGGAUGGAUUAUGUUUUAAAUUCAUAUACACUGGUUCUUGUCCAAGAGGUGAACAAUGCAACUUUCAGCAUGAUAUGGAUUCAAGAGAACAAUUUCGCAGGGGAGUUUGUCUUGAUCUCCUUCUCAAGGGAAAAUGUGAGAAGGGCCCAGAGUGCAGCUUUAAGCAUGAGUUGCAGAAUGAAGCUGAGAACCCUCCUCGAAGAAGAGUUGGUUCCGGAAGUAUGACUGCUAACAGGUCAAAAGAAUGUUGGUUUUGUUUGUCAAGCCCGAAUGUGGAGUCCCAUUUAAUCAUUAGUGUCGGAGAAAACUACUAUUGUGCACUUGCUAAAGGCCCACUCGUGGAGGAUCAUGUACUAGUAAUACCAAUCGAGCAUUUGCCCAACACCUUCACUCUUUCUCAAGAAUUUGAGUCUGAACUGGUUAGACUCCGUGACAGUCUCCAACUAUACUUCCAGAAUCGGCAAAAGGAAGCUGUUCUGUUUGAAUGGGUUUCUAAGCGGGUUUCCCAUGCCAAUCUUCAGGUUGUUCCUGUUCCAUCAUCAAGGGCAGCUGCUGUUCCUGAUAUUUUUAACAUGGCUGCUAAAAGAAUGGGGUUUAAAUUAGUUUCCAAGAAAUUCGACAACAUUUUAGACAGAAGAAAGUGGUUGAGGACACAGUUUGAUGAGAAUAGUAAUUUCUUCUAUGCUGAGGUCCCUGAUGGCACGAUACUAACUCUUUCAGUUGACGAGAAUGAGAAAUUCCCAGCACAGUUUGGACGCGAGGUGUUAGCUGGCUUGCUAAAUAUGCCCGACAGGGCCGAUUGGAGGAACUGCAGCCUCAGCAAGGAAGAGGAAACAAGCGCUGUGGAAAAAUUCAAGGAAGGGUUCAAAGAGCUAGACCCCAAUUAA